GUGGCUUUUGGGGGAUUUUUUUGUUUGUUUUGAUUUGGGUUUGUGGUGGUUUGGGUUUGUUUGGUUGGGUUUUGUUUUGUUUUUUUUUUUUUUGCUUCUGGCUGUAAACUUCCAUGACCUGCACCAAUCUGCCGCUGCACCCUCGCGCGAUGCCCCAUGAGAGCCUGGUGCUGUAGGUGUGCUGGGAGCUGGGAAUACAGAUUUUACCAGGGAGAAGAUGCCAUUCCACCAUGUAACAGCUGGCUUGUUGUACAAAGGCAACUACCUGAACCGCUCACUCUCCGCUGGCAGCGACAGUGAACAGCUAGCGAAUAUCUCCGUGGAGGAACUGGAUGAAAUCCGUGAAGCUUUCCGGGUGCUGGACAGGGAUGGGAAUGGCUUUAUAUCCAAGCAGGAGCUGGGCAUGGCGAUGCGUUCCUUGGGAUACAUGCCCAGUGAGGUGGAGCUGGCGAUUAUCAUGCAACGCCUUGACAUGGAUGGGGAUGGCCAGGUUGAUUUUGAUGAAUUUAUGACUAUUCUGGGACCUAAGCUGGUAUCAUCGGAAGGCAGAGAUGGCUUUCUGGGAAAUACAAUAGACAGCAUAUUCUGGCAGUUCGACAUGCAGAGAAUAACACUGGAAGAACUGAAACACAUCCUGUACCACGCCUUCCGGGACCAUCUAACGAUGAAGGACAUUGAGAACAUCAUUAUCAAUGAAGAGGAGAGUUUAAAUGAAAACUCUGGCAACUGCCAAACAGAGUUUGAAGUGCACGCCCAGAAGCAGAACAGACAGACCUGCGUACGGAAGAGCCUUAUCUGCGCGUUUGCCAUGGCCUUUAUUAUAAGCGUGAUGUUGAUUGCGGCCAACCAGAUCCUGCGGAGCGGCAUGGAGUAGCCUCUCGCCACGACACUGUGAACCAAACUGACCAUGCAUGCGCAUGCCAGCGGGUGAGCUUCCCCCGAACCGACUCUCACACGGCAAGAGACAGAGGCAGGCAGAUAAAGCACCAUUCGACCAGGAGCCUGAGGCCAGCAGCGUAAUGUGUCUUGUGAAUCAACUACAUCCUUUUGGCAGGGACAUAAAAGGGCUGUCUUAAUGCUUUAAAGGUUUUGUUUCCUAAUGCAAUAAAAAAAAAACCCACAUACAGGACUCCCGAAUUAUUGCUUCAAAACAGCAAUGGUAACUUGGAAGAAACUUUCAUCCAGCAGCCUUGUUUUGCAGUUUUAAGGAGGCACAGCCUCAUGACUUAUCGCAGCAGGGCUGUCUUUUAACCUAGGGGCCGACUGACUAUUCCGCGUAGCUCUCCGCUGGGCCCACAUUCCCAGGAAGUUGAUCGUAGCAUUGUCACAAGCAAGUCCUGUUCGUUUUAUUUCGUGUACUCCGGCUUCACUUUGUUUUUCCCUUAUGACCAUGCCUUUGAGUUUACGGCAUUAGAGGGGAGCUAGAGCAUCCGUGUACAGUAUUUUCAGAGUAAAAAAAGAGGAGAAUUUGCCAGCAGCAUACAAAAUUUCUAUUUUUGCUUCGUAAGCGCCACCUUUGACACAAGACUGUGGGGUAACACGAGUCCAUUUGCCAUUUUUUUUCCAACCGUGAAUCAGGGCUUGAGAAGCACCACCCAUUUCCACACAUGGACAUUCCUGAGAUUUGUGCACAGUCUUCCAACCGACUCUGCAACCACCAGCGCCAGGUAAAACUCCCUCUAUUUGGUCCCAUCUGCGUAUUCAACGGCAUUUCUUUUCCAGCAGUUUUGCCCUUCUUCUAUACUGGUCUUCAAUAACCUUAUCCGAGAUGAAAAUCACAAGGAAAAGCUCAGAAAGAGCCUUCCUCCCUUCUCCUUGCCUGCCCAAUUGUUAUUUCUUUCAUCUCAUAUGCCCUGGUUGUAAUCUGCGGUGAAACCUCCGUGUCAGACACCUGCUUGUGGGAGAGGUUAUGUUUUUGCCCACACGGCAGCUGCUGCGGUCCCUCCCGGCAGCCGUCGCACCACCACCACAGUCCCAUGGGCAGGUUCCAAAGAGGGUAAGCUGGAAAGCAGACUGCAGCAAGAGAAGAAGGAAUCAAACUAGAGCAUACCGCCAUAUGUUACCUAGUGUGGCAGACUUUCAGAUCCUGCAAGUGUUAGUUAUUUUUCCUGGAAGGGAUUUUACUGAGCAGCAAGGAGAAGAUGGAGAGAUGCAGACUGGAGACACAACACAUCCCGCGGAAAGCGCAAGGACUGGGCGAGCCUGGAGCCAGGAUUACAUCUGAAAGCGUUUUUCCUUCUAAACUUGACACAAAUCCUUGCAUUUACUUUCGGAUUAACUGUGCACCUGUGUCUUGUCCCAGGGGAGGUCUGGUUUCCUUGCCCUCGUGGGAGAUGUUUCCUGGUCGUCGCUCACGGAGCCGGCACAGGGAGCGCUCCCGGGGAGGUCGGUGGAGGCACCUGGGUGUUGGAGAUGUGGUGGCUUCAUCCUGCCGGCUGGGCGAGCUCCAGAAAUACCAAGGAGCAGCGAGAUCUUGCUACUGUAAAUGUAGAUGACUGUUCCCUGUGUCACGAGAGGGGGAAGGAUGCUCCCCAAGGGACUGCAAACCACGAGCUUCCCUCGUCCCGCACAGCAGCCAUCGGCUUACGCCUGGAUCCAUCCCAAAGACUCAUUUCAGGUCUUUCUUUGAUUACAAGUUCGAUUGAUAACAUUUAACCUGUAUUUUUUAGCAGCCUGAUUUGAAAACUUGCUUCUCGUUGUUCUGUCUCCCGUCACCCCUUUAAACUCGUGUCACCACUUUGUAUUUUGCCUUUAGGUGUGUGUCUCAGUUGCCCACCUCCACGCCGUUGCCAUUCUCCUGCUGUCCCCCUCCAUCACGGAAGACGACAGCUGCCUUUUCCAGAGCAGCUGAGUUGUUGUUUUCUACCUUUCACAGACAGACGCUUUUGUAUUUCUGCUCUGCUGUGACUAAUAGAGGCCAACUGCAAAAUAUUCUGCAAAAAAUGUUACAUCUCCCAGAAGAUGGAGAGAGAUUGAUGUUUGCUACAGGGCAGCGGCAGACUUCACACCAACGGUGGAAAGUCUUAGGCAAGCUCUGAGUGUGGGAUUCACACUGCUGGGGAGCCAGGGCACCCUCCCAGCACUCGCUGCGCGGGACAUUGCGCAUUGAUAACGAGCUUUGAGAUCAUUGCAAGGGAACCGUCAUCCACGUUUUUAGGUCUCAGGGGCAUGUGAAAAGGUGGCAGCAGCAGAAAAAAAAAGUCUAAAUGUUACUUGCCACUGAGUAAUACUUAUUAAGAUUUUUUUUUCCCCCCACCCCCGGGACUGUGCUGGAGUGGACGUGGGCAGCAGGGGCAGAUGGAGAUGGAGCGGAGAGGUGGGCAUCAACCCACCAGCCCCGCUCAGCGGCGGCAGAAACAUGGGGCAGAGCAGUGCCUCUGUGCUGAGCUCAGAAACACAAGCUCAAACACAUAGACCAGGCAUUUCUCCACGUUCUUCUCACUCAUCUGACAGCUAAUACCAGGCAGACUCCAAUUAUAACAGCUACCUUACAGACGAGAUGAUCUCUUGCAUUCCUUUAAGCUUUCUGGAAGGCUCCAUAAUUUCUACAUGCAUGCUCCAUAAAAACCUUUGUAAAUACAGUCAUUUUUCAGCAUAAUUCUCCACCUUGAAUAUCCAUUUGUAAAACUAAACUAUAAUUAUUAUAUCGGUAAAAGCCAUAGCCUGGUGUCAGUAGAGUUCAUUGAAAACUCCCCACUGAUUAUACUGGGUACAGGAUUUGAGGGGGUUUGGGGGUUUGCUUUUUUCUGUAGGGAACCCAGUUUAUCCAUUAUGAAUCAGUGUCAUGUCUUGCCAGAGGUCUCCUUUUCCUUCCUACAGCAGCCUUUCUCCAUCUGAAGGCAUCUUGGAGAGAUCCCUGCUUUAAUCAGUCAGGCUCCUCUGGUGGCAAUGCAGAAUGGAUCAGGCCAAGCCAUUUCAUCCUUUCCUCUCCCCACAACCUUUCUACCAACACCUUCCACCUUCCCAUCCUUCCUAGCCAGCAGCAUUGGACCUGUGUCUCUUACCUACCUCCCUGGCUCCAUUUAUAUAACAUCCAUUUAUCUUCUUUUUUUUUUUCCUGCUACACAAGAAGAAAAAAAAAAAAAACGGCUUUUUGCUGCUUUUACAGACAGUAGGUAAAAAUAGAGCAGUAAAAUUUUGAUUGGAACCUGAUGGCAAGAGCUUAGGGGGAAGAAAGUAGAAGAAUCAAAGAAAUAAAAAUAAAAAAACCCCACAUCCCAUACUUUAACGGAAAAAAAAAAAACUUUAAGUGCUAAUUAACAUACUUUAAAAAAUACCCAGACUGCAGCAGUGCUAGGUAGAGCUGUCAGAAAAAGCACUAAACUUAUGCUCUUGCCAGUUACAUGAGAAUUUAAGUGUCUUUUCAGCACUGCAAUUCUGUACGAAAAGGAUAUUGCUAUGGCAACCCUCGCUGUUCGUGACAUGUGUGCCACCGUGUCGGAGCGACACGCAGCAAUUGCAGACGCGCUCCUAGCCCAACCAAGGCUGGACAAACAGCUCCCAACAGCCCGGGACAGCAUUUCCCCUCGUGGAUCAGCAAAUUAUUAGCAAAUCGUCAGCCCCCCCAAAGACAGCUCUGUUGGCUUAGCCACAAAAAAAAUGUGUGCAAUUAAACAGCUUGACAUGCAGGGAAGGCUUUGAGAUGGACGUGAUUAUUUUAGCUUGAGAGAGGCUUUGGUUUGGUUUGGGAGCACGUGAAGUCAAUGCAGCAUAAGCACUGCGCGACACAGGCUGUCCACAGUUUGUUGAGGACACUUUGACCAGGUUCUUCGUGGAGGGAUUGAUCUCUGAUGAGAAGGAUUUGGGUUACUGCUCCUGUAAGUCACUGGGCUGCAUCACUGAUAACACUGACUUUGGCUUUAACCAUUGGCACAUCCUGAUUUUCUGCUCCUGGAGAAGCCAACGCAUGAACGUCAGGCACGUGGCGUGAUGAAAUACUUUGGAGGCCACGGAGAAGUGAACAUUCCUUACCUAUCAGGUACAAAGCCAUACCAUAAGGUCAAUCAUGAAGAAAACCACAGCUGAGGAGUUACCAGGCAGGACAACUGCUUCGUGGUUGUGGCAGCGGUCUGGGGGAGUGGGCUUCUGCCCACGACGGGCUGCGCCACCCAGGGACUUCGUUGGGGCCUGAUAAUGUCAACGAGUCCACCACUGAGAAGUAAUUUCUAAUCUGAAGCAAUAUCAACAGUAAUUUAAAGAAUUAAACAGGGUGGGCAACUGGGAAAACUUGGCUUUGCUAGGAAGAAUUUGGUCCUCGUGCUGUCGGAGUUCCUCUAGGAUAAAAGAGAAAGUAAUUGUUUUUCAUGUUUGAUGGGUACCCACAAAUAUGCCAGUUACUGUUAGCAGACACCCUGUCCUGGUGAAGGUGCUCACAGACUCCCCCCCCAGAACAAGGGUCUCUUGUGAGCGGAAGGGUGGGAGGUGGUAGGAGACCCAGCUACCUGCCCCUGCUCCCAGGUGAGCUACAGCUGAAUAUUUGGCUAUCGUCUAGUGAUCUGGAGAGAUUUCAUACAGACCAUUCAAUGGUUAUUGGGAGCUCAGGUGUUGGAUAUGGUGCGCUGGUAGGGUUGGAUGUUGGUUGCUUUAUAUGGGAAACUUCCAGCAACGUUGAGAAGCGGGGACAAGUAAAUGGGUUUUUGUGGUCCUUCUCCCAUAAGAAACAGGAUAGCAAGCAGGCAAAUCAAGAAGACGCAGAAAGCAUUCCCAAGAAUGCUACUCUAGAUGGCUGAAGUCUGUUUGACAGACUUGCAUAAGCAAAGUACCUACUGGCAAACAUUUGUUUUCUACGGAAAGAAUAGGAAUAUUCUUUCAUACAAAAAACCAAACCCACUGCGUCUUUCUGCCUGCUGCAGAAGACCAAAACAUUUCCUGGGACACCCAGAGGACCGUGACGGCUACCUGAGGUCCAGUGCUGGCUCUGCUUGAGGUGACGCACUGCUUUGCGAGGUGCCCAGUACAAAGAGUCUCUCGUUUUUUUCCCGCGAAAGACUCUCUCCCCCCACACCGUGCGCACAUGCCAGAGCAAGCCGUGCUGCGAAGGGCUGUCAGCGCACAAAAGCAAGAGGUGCACAGGCCCGAGUCAGACUUGGCUCUGCAAGGAGAGAAGCAGUAGGAGGAAUACAUUAAGAUCACUAAGAACGACGUUCCCUAUUUUAUCCACCCGUGUAAUAAAUUAUUUAGUUUCUGCUUUAUGGAUGACUAUUUGAAAGAAGAAAAACCAACUCUUCUAAAAUGAGAAUCUGAUGAAGUAUCUUUUUUCUUGGCUCUGAAUCAUGCUUACAUUCCGCAGAUGAAGAUGUACAGAACUUGCUGGUUUUCAAUCUAUUAUUUUACUGUACUGUGUUCUGACAGUGCAAUUACAUUUCCCUGGCAUCACUUAAAGCCUAUUACUUUCCCAGGAAUUUAAUACAGAAAAAGAAAAGGCACACAACCUUUUCAUCUCUAUAUAUUGUCGGUUGUUAUCAGGACUGCAUCUUGUUUUUCUCCAGUUCAAGCAGGACAUUUUAGGCAGCUCUAGGAGCUGUAGAAGCUUUACCACAAGCAAUCUGACAACAUUUUGAUUGGAAGAGUUCUCCACUCCUACCUCUGCUGUGGCAAAAGCCUGAAAAACUGCCUCAAUUUGGCGUCUUUACUAUGAAAGAAUUUCAGCCCCAGAAGUGAGGAGAAGGGGGAGAAAGAAGAAAAAGGAAAUCCUCUGGAUCUACAGGUUGGUACUUGACGAUUUGGUGAUGAAAAUACUGUAGUGUUUUUUUUUACUUUCUGUCAAGAUAGACCAAAAUACUUGGUAGCCUUGAAGAGCAUUACUAGCUGAAGUUGCCAUUUUCCAACCAAUUAUUUUCUACAGCUGUUCAUGCCCAGCCUUUGCCAGCAUCAAGAAUAAGCAGCUUCAAACACUGCUACAGAGCUUUAGCUGAGAUCCAUCCUAUGACCUUCCUUUUCAGCUGGUCUUCUGUCGUCGUCAGCCAACACGUAGACAGUGGACCAUCCCAUUUGAAGCUCCUGAGCUUGCUCUGGUAGGUCCCCCUCUGGUCUUGCCAGCUCUCAGGCAUGUCUUCUCUUGUGAGCAGUCCCACUAAACCCGAAGCACACGGCCGAUGCGUUUGCAGCAUCAGGCCCCUGGGUUUGCCAUAGGAGCAAUCUUCAAAUAGAUGCCUCUAUAGUCCCAUUGCCCCAGCCCAAGAAUGGCAUUACAUUUCCUACCAUCUCUUUCAGAGGAGCCAAAGUUAUUUCAGCUUCAUGCAGCAGCUCUUGUUUUCUCAGAUUUUAAUUGCGGUGGGAGGGGUGGAAGAGAGAUGAAGUUCCUCUCGGACUCCAGGGUAAAUCAGAAGUAACUCAUUAGAGUUAAUUGGCUUGAACUCGAAUAAGCCCAGAAUCCAGCCUGUUGCCAUUUAAUCCAUACUAGGAUCUAAGUAAUCAAUGCCUCCUGAUUCAUCUCUAGGAAGUCUAAUACGUGCACCUCCUUUUUUUGCCUCGUUUCAUCCCUCACUGUUGUCAAGUCAUUUACCAUUCAUUGUUAAAAACUGACCAUUUUUUGCUUGUUAACAAAAGACAUGGCAUUUUAAUUAAAGCCAACAACUCACAAAGUCAGCAGCAUAAUGGUAAAAACAAAAACAAAAAAAAAACUUUGUACAAAAUACUGUAAAUAUUAAUAUAAAUUAACUUGGCAUGCAACUUAAAUCCUAUGUUAUUGCAAGUUACCCAAGUGUAUAAAGACGUGUAUAAAGGAAAACCGAAUGCCAUAUGUAUCGGCUGUUUCCUCUAACCAAACACUACUGUAAAUAUAUAAUCUGUAUAAAAAGAUUUUAAUUUUACCAUUAUUUAUGCAAUAGAAAUAAAGGUUUUUUUCUUUUGA